GCAUGAUUAAAUGUAAUACUUUGAAUUUAGGUUUAUUCUGAUGGCAGAUAAUGUUGAAAACCCAAUUACUCAGAUUUCACCAUUUAAUAACAAAAAUAAAGCAGAAUUCAGAGGCAAAUAUAAUGCCAAUAAAUCAAAUCAACUUUUAAAAAUUAAAAAUGGUUUUAAAACUCAAAAGAACAGCUCAAUGAGUAGCAUCUCAUCUUUUUUACUCCAUCAAGCUGCAAUAGAGGGUUCAAUUGAUCAAGUUAAAUUUCUUAUUAAAGAAUGUUGUUAUAACAUUGAAGACAUUGAUUGCAUAAACUUGCAAGGUUGCACUCCAUUGCAUUUAGCAUCUCGAUUUAAUAGAUUAAAAGUUGUUAAAUAUUUAUUAGAAAAUGGAUCACAGAUAAAUAAAACUACAGAAGUAGAAAAUAAUACGCCACUUCUUCUUGCUGCAAAAUAUAAUAUGACAGAUACUGCAAAGUAUUUAUGUGAACAUGGUGCAGAUGUCAACAUAAAAAAUAUUCAUGGUUCUACUGCUCUUCAUUUAGGAGCUAGUAAAGGAAAUGAAGAAAUUUGCAAUGUUUUGAUUCAACAUGGUUCUGAUAUAAAUGCUCUAGACUGCAGAAAUUGCACACCACUUCAUAUGGCAAUUCAUGGAGGCAGUGAAACUAUAACAAAGUUGCUUAUAGAGAAUGGUGCAGAUAUUUAUGCAAAAGAUGCUGAAGGGGAGGCACCUAUUCAUCAUGCCGCUGCUAUGAAUCAAGGAGAACUAAUUAUUUUACUAACAAAAGGAGCUCUUGCAAUAGUUGAUGAAGAAAAAUGGGAAGAGACACAAAGAAAGUAUGUAAAUCUAAGAAGUGAUAAAAAAGAUACUGCGCUUCACAUUGCUGCUUGGGAAGGUUGUUUAGAUACUGUAAAGACCUUGGUGUCUAUUGGUGCCAAUAUAAAUAUUUGUUCUGCUGCACAUUCUACACCAUUGCACCUUGCAGCAAUCAAUGGUGAUAAAAUUAUGGUUCAAUAUCUGUUAGAACAUAAUGCCAAAAUAAAUGUGUUUGAUCACCAAAAUAUGACUCCUACACAUAAGGCAUGUCAGUUUGGCAGAUUAGAUGUAAUAAAAGUGUUGAUUGAACAAGGAGCACAAAUUGAUUCUAAAGAUUGUGAUUCUUUUACUCCACUUAUGUCAGCUGUUUCAGAAGGUCACAGUGAUGCUGUUGAAUAUUUGUUGAAAUGCGGAGCAAGUGUGGCCAUAAGUGAAAUGAAUAUGAAAAAUGUUCUUCAUUUAGCAAUAGAAAAUGGUCAUAGUUCAACACUAAAGGUCCUUUUACAAAAUGGAGGGUUUUCUUUAAUUAAUUCACAUGAUAUGGACUUUAAAAGACCAAUCCAUUAUGCUGCUAUACAUAAUUUUGAGUCAGUCGAAAUACUUAUUAAGGAAUCAGCUGAUACUGAAGUUACUGAUAAUGAAGAAAAAACUCCAUUGCAUAUUGCAGCUGAGUAUGGAAAUUGUAUUUGUUUGGUAAUGUUAAUCAAAAACUCAACAAGAAACAUAAAUUGUACUGAUGAGAAAGGACAGUCACCUUUGCAUCUAGCUGCAAAAAAUGGCCGGGUAGGUACUACGUCGAUUCUAAUUGAAAUGGGUGCUCAAAUUUCAGGACGAGAUGAUUUAAACUGGACACCACUUGACUAUGCUGCAAGAAAUGGACAUUCAAAAGUUGUGAUAGCUCUUAUUAAAAAUGGUGCUUGUGUAAAUGAAUAUGAUCCAAACAGACUAACUCCUCUUCACCAUGCCUCUAUUAAUGGACAUGUCAAGUGUAUAAAUAUUUUAUUGGAUCAUGGUGCAGACAUAUCAUUCCAGAAUGCAGAUGGAAAAAAUUGUCUUGAUCUAGCUUUAGAAAAUCAUCAUACAGAAGCUUGCAAGAUAUUUGUCACACACAAAAGAUGGAAAGAGGUACUCAACCAUAUUGAUAAUGAAGGAUAUAGUCCGAUGGAAAAGUUGAUAUCAUAUGCUCCUGAGAUUGCUCUAAUUGUUCUAGACAAGUGCAUAGAAUACUCUAAACUUGAUGAAAAUUCUAAAGGAUACUACAUAAGAUAUGACUUUAAAUAUCUUGAUUCUCAACCUGAAAACUCAUCAAAAAGAGUUUAUUUUGGACCUUCGUGUAUGAUCACAUAUAAGAGAAAAAACUUACUUUCUCAUCCACUUACUGUUCAAUUAAUUAAUUAUAAAUGGUCACGCCUAGGUCGCUGGAUUCAUUUAAUCAGCUUGUUUAUUUAUAUCUUUUUUGUGGGUAUGCUUACUGGUUUACUGGCCAUUGAUAAAGAAAGAGAGAAACAAGAAGAAAAAAAUGCAUUUCAAAUAAUAAUCCCUAAAGUGAUACUUAUUCUGUCAAGUUUUGAAAUUUGUAAAGAGUUUGUACAGGCUUACUUGUUGAAGAAAGAAUAUUUUAAAGACUUUAACAAUUACUUGGAGUUAAUACUUUACACAUCUACUUUUAUAUAUAUGUUAUCAUUUAUUAAUUAUGUCACUAUGAAUAUAAAAUGGACUGCUGGAGUAUUUUCAAUUUUAUUUGCUUGGACUAAUUUGUUACUUUACUUAAAACGAGAUACAUUUUUUGGAGUUUAUGUUGUUAUGAUUAUUGAAGUUUUAAAAUCGUUGAUUAAUGUUAUUAUGGUAUUUGUGAUGAUCAUUAUAGCAUUCUCUUUAUCAUUUUUUGUUCUUUUUGAAAAUUCAUCUUUUUCCUCUCCUGAAUGGUCUAUGGUAAAAACCAUUGUCAUGACACUUGGGGAGACUGAUUUUAAUGACUUAUUCAUAAAUAACAAUACUACAGUUGAUAAUAGUGAUUUGCCAUACCCAGAAAUGUCAUAUAUUUUGUUCACAUUGUUUUUGAUUGUUUGCCCUAUAGUACUUAUGAACUUGUUAGUUGGUUUAGCUGUAGGUAAUAUAGCUGAUGUUAGAGAUUCAGCUUACAUUAUUAUGUUGAAAGCUCAGGUUGAUAUUCUAAAAGCACUUGAGUCAAGAUGUCCUAAAAAAUUGCUGAAAAAAACUUAUCACGAAAUACUUACUGUUUACCCUAACACUGUUUCCUGGAAAAAAAGUUUUUUUCAAUCGUUUGGUAUUUCUGACUUCAAUUCCUUAAAAGAUAAGCAGAAAAGUAGAUUCAAAUGGAAAACAAACAUUGCAAGAAAUUUAGAAUUAGAACAUAUUGAGAUUAAUCGCCUAAAAAAAAAAAUAGAAACAAUAAAAAUGUUGGUGAGAGAGCAUUAUGAGAUAACAGAAGAUAUAAUUAUUGCUCUGAAGAUUGACGAAAAUUAAUUUAUUAUAAACUACUUCUUUUUAAUUUAAAGUUAACAAUAAAUAA